AUGGACGGCGAGGAGGCGCCCUGGGCGCGCUCAACCUGGCCGAGUUCUGCACAUGGAACAGGCGGAUCAGAUGAUCACAUCUAUAGGGGAGAUAUCUACAUGGUGUUUGAAUACAUGGACCAUGAUUUGAAGAAAGUAUUGCACCAUAGUACCCCAUCCCAAGUCAAGGUUUAUAUGGGGCAGCUGCUAAAAGGAUUGCAGUACUGCCAUGUCAACAAUGUACUUCAUCGGGAUAUCAAAGGGGCUAAUCUUCUAAUAACUGGUGGUAAGUUGUUAAAACUCGCAGAUUUUGGCCUUGCAAGGCUGUUCACUAGAGAUGGAACUUUAACAAAUCAUGUCAUCACUUUAUGGUACCGACCCCCUGAGUUGCUUCUUGGUGCCACAAGUUAUGCUGAACCUGUGGAUAUUUGGUCUGUUGGUUGCAUAUUUGCGGAAUUUUUACUCAAGAAACCAUUAUUUCCUGGCAGAUCCGAGCAAGAGCAGUUAUCGAAAAUAUUUGAACUGUGUGGAUCUCCAAACGAGGAAAACUGGCCAGGUGUUUCCAAGCUACCAUUGUAUAAGACUAUGACUGUCCGUCCUGCGACUCCUACCAAACAAAGCCUGAGAGAUAUGUUGCAGAACUUUGACUGUCAUGCUGUUGAAUUAAUUGAACGAAUGUUGAUCCUUAAUCCUUCACAGAGGAUUUCUGCACAAGAUGCUCUUGGUGCGGCAUACUUCAUCAACUAA